UGCAAGGUGCGCUGGACCAGACCAGGUCGGAAGGCUGUUGAGUCCAUGAUCCCCCAGAUGGACGACGCAACCCACACGACCUGCUACAUCUUCAAGCCUCCGAAUCCAGACAACGAAGAGAUCGAUCCGAGACCGCAAAAAAAGAGGCGGAAGUCGAGCAAAGUCGCGCCGAAGGCUGCCCCAGAGGAGUACUCGUGGCCACUGUUGCUGGCCGGACAAGAAAUCCAGGAUGCCGCCACACUGCGGAAAAGCGAGUUCGAGACAGUCUGGGCCAAACAGCAGCAGAAAAUCGGCAGCAUUGUCGAUGUGGUAGACGAAGGGUUCGUCGGUCCGGUUCUAAGAUUUGCGCGCGCCCAGGACGCAGAUGGUCUUCGGAACCGCAAGAGACUGAAGACUGCGUUGCUUGCCAUGGGUCCAAAUGGCAAUCAUCAUCACGACCUUCACAAGGCAUGGAAGAGCACAAAGCCAUCGAACGGGGAUGACAGCCCGGAGUUACUCGUCACCCUUCAGCCGGCCCACUGCCCCAACAUUCAAACUGCGUUGAAGAACGUCGUUAGAUCCGGGAUAUCUGGACGGCAAGGAACGGAGAGGUACACAGAAUUCCUGGCGGAGCACAAGGCCCUGGUCCCCAUGUCGUUCGACCUGGAGCUGCUCCACCGGUACGUCCAACGCCAUGACAUCGAGCGAGUCGUGAUAUCCGUCAUGGACGCCGAAGGAUUCGACACGUCUGUCCUCUCGGAACUGGUCUCGACUUUCCACUCCUGGUCAGACCGAAUUCCAACCGUUCUUGUGAUCGGCAUAUCGACAACGGUUGAGCUCUUCGAAUCUCGACUAUCUCGAUUGACUGUUUCAUUGCUCGAUGCUCGAAUCUUUGAAACGAGCCCGGAGUUUAACGCGGAGGAUCGCUUCUUUACCUUGUACGCGGCAAUACAGCAUGCUCCAGAUGCGGACGUGUUUCUUGGUCCGUCGGUCGUCGGCGUGCUGGCCGCAUUGGCGGAGGACCAAGGCACCACACCGGCGACCUUCGCCCGGGCCCUCAAAUACGCUCAUAUGUCUCAUUUCUUCGCAAAUCCACUCUCGGUCUUGUCCCUCGAAUCCGGCACGAAGUCGCCAUGGAGCCCGGCACUGUGCCGGGCCAUCCGCAACCUCGCCAGCUUCAGGUCUCACUGCGAAGCGCUAGCCAAGGGCGACAAGGAUGAGCGGGAGGCCGUCCGCCGUCUGCUCGCGUCCGACGAUGAACUGCAUGGGGCGGCCGUCCAAGCAAUCGAGUCCGGGAAACGAGUACUGCGCUCAAGUCUCUCUGCAGUCUCCACGCUGAGAUACAUCUACCACGGCGCGCUCAAACUGGAAGCGUUUACUACGUGGGAGAGCGAGACGCAUCUCCUGCAGUCUCUACCUGACCUGGCCCGAUCAGAAAUCUUCGAGGCCAUCGAAGACAGACUUCUAAGUCUUCCACCUGGGUCACCGCUUGUCCGAAUAUUCGAGAACGCUGCCCCGGAACUGAAGGAUCUGCAAGACUACCAGCGGUCCUCCGCACAAGGAUCAGAGCCAGCGCCCGAUCCGGAGUCAGGACCAGAUGCCGAUGCUCACCAUUCUGAAGCGGGAAAGCUCAUCACCGUCCUGCGCGGGUACCUCCAGAGCCGAACGUCCUCCCCGUCCCUGUCGUCGCCAUCUUCCGACCGUCUCAAUCCCUUCCGCCAAUUCAUGGCCGAGGCGUACACCAUGACCCAAAAGUCCCCGCUCUCGCAGACCACCCACCCCCGUCCGCGCCACUGCGUCGAGCGCGCCCUGACCCGGCCCGCGGACUACCUAGGCUGCACAUGCUGCGCGUCGCACGGCGUGCGCGGGGUCGCGGCCGACGGGGGCGAGGCAGGGGACAAGGCGCGCCUCCCGCCCACGAGCCUGUUGCUGAGCAUGCUCAACGAGGCGGGCGCGGUGGUCAACGUGCGGGACCUGUGGGACGCGUUUCGAGACACGGUCCCAUCACACCGCCACGCCGAUCCCCUGUAUCCCAAUGGAGACGAGGACCCGGACCCGGACCCGAACGCGGGCGCAGGUCAACUUGACAAGCAGCAGGACAACGACGACGACGAUAAUGAUGAGAAGAACCACGAGAACAAGGACGACAAGAGCGGUGAGAUGGAGAGGCAGACUCUGGCCCUGUUCUACCGCGCGCUGGCCGACCUGCGGCUCCUGGGCCUGAUCCGACCGAGCAAGCGGAAACCCGGAGUGGAAUGCAUCGCGAAGACGGCGUGGAUGGGCCUCUGAAACCAGAGGAUCGUACAUCUUGUAUACAUGUAGACAAACAGAGAAGACGGACAGUGAAAAGAAAAAAAGCCCCCCAAGGACACAGCUCUCUGUUUGUUCAUACAAGGUGCUUUUCAUAAGGAGAACAUUCAAUCCGACCUAGGUAUCAUUGAAUAUGUGAAAAAAUCACCCGCGAUCUAAGGAAAUAACUAUUGCC